CUAGCGGUCUCCUGUUCAACCAAUGAUUUACUGAUUGCAAAUAUCAAAAGAGCCUCAAUCUCUCCAAACUCAGUGAUGCCCAUCAUGGACCUCCCACUAGACUGAAUGGGAAAAUACCUUCAACCAAGCACAGAUAAUGAGCCAAAGUUUAGCACAGCAUACAAGGACAACCCCCUUUGGGGACAGUCCAACAAAAGUACAAGCCUUGAAAAUCACAUUUCUUUCUCCUACCAACUCCCUUCUCUCCCCCAUUUCUCCCACUCCGUGCAUUCGCCCAAGUCCAGGACUGUCCCUGCCAACUGAGACUUUAUUCCUGGUAACAUUCUUCAUUAUAUCCCCUUCCUUGAAGUUCACACUGGCAGGACCAGUUUGGGGAAUUAGCUAAAUCCUGUUUCCUGGCACAAAUCCCAGCAUAACUGCCCUGUCAGACACACCUGUGCCCAAAACGUAUAAAAGACAACAAUGUCUUGGAUACACCAGGCUUUGGUUUCCACCAGCUGCAAAAAUGAGGUCGAUUCUGAUCAUCCCCAUCCUCAGCUGCUUCUUUGCAGCUUACAAUGCCAAAGUCUUCUCCAAGUGUGAGCUGGCCCGCAAGCUGAAGGCCCACGGGAUGGAUGGCUUCUAUGACUACAGCCUGGCAAAUUGGGUCUGCAUGGCUGAGCAUGAGAGUGGAUUCAACACUGAGGCCUUUAAUGGAAAAAAUUCCGAUGGCACUAGUGACUAUGGGAUCUUCCAGAUAAACAACAAGUGGUGGUGCAAAGACAACACGCGUAGCUCAAAAAAUGCCUGCAACAUAAUGUGCAACAAAUUUCGGGAUGAUGACAUCAAUGAUGACAUCCUCUGUGCCAAGAGGGUUGUAAAAGAUCCUAACAGGAUGUCUGCAUGGAGGGGCUGGGAAGAUCACUGCAAAAACAAGGAUUUGUCCAGAUACCUGGCUGACUGUCGGCUAUGAGACUGUCCUUGAAUGUGGCUCCUGGAGAAUGUGGCCCAGAAGGCAGGGAAAUACCUCAGGGUUCUUGGAAGCUCUGAAUCUUCCCCCAUCUCUGCCUCUAAAAUAAAAAUUACUCAAAAUUCAGCUGUCCCAAGUAGCAUGUUUAAAGGGUGGGUCAUGAUGGAGACGCUACAUGAUAUAAACCGCUAGAAAUCCUGUUCUGUCCAAGCCCACCACUGAA